AUGGCACAUUGGUGCAAAAUUGAAGAAGCUCCCGCAACUAUGUUUAAGAAUUCUGAUAGUUAUAGUAAUUUAAUUGAUACCUUUUCGGAAAAUUUAUCAGCUUUAGAAAGUUUGGGUUAUAAAAUUUCGGAUUUUGUGUUAGCUUACAAAAUUCUCACCAAGCUUGACGAGGAGACUCACCAACGUUUUGAAUUAUUACAUGGGUCUAGUGAAAUGCCUACGUUUAUUCAAUUAUCUGAUUUCCUAGAAAGUCAAUGCAUUUCGUUUGACUCAUCCUUGUUGUCGCCUUGUUCUCCCAAGGAUUCUAAUAGAAAAAAUAAAUCGCCUUCUAAACACAAUGCAAAUAAAAAUGGUUCUAAAGUCAAUAAUCGCUAUAGUUUUUUUUCGAAGCCUAAUGCGACGACUUGUUUGUUAUGUUCUGCCGAUCACCAUUUAAAAGAUUGUUCUUUAUUUUUAAAUAAAUCUCAUUAUGAACGGUACAACGCUUGUAAGAGAAUGCGUCUUUGUUUUAAAUGUUUAGAAAAACACGAUUCUCGUAGUUGUAGUGUCACCUCUCGUUGUGGUCAUUGUAAUUCAUCCCACCAUAGUCUUUUACAUUUUAAAAGUUCUGAAAGUGCCACUCACGGCGCUACUUUUGUUGCUGCCGCUCCGACUACUGCUUCUUCUAAUGUUCAGGUUAAUACUGGAACAUUGAGCUCACACGCUGCAUCAUUAGGUAGUGUUGCCUCAAAAAACUCGAGCGUUUUGUUAGCUACUGCUGUGGUAGAAAUUAUGGAUGGUUGUGGAUUGUAUCAACCUGUUCGAGCUUUAAUUGAUGGGGGCAGCAUGACCUCUUUUGUAUCUCAGUCUUGUAUUCGUCAGUUAGGUAUUAGACAUUCUUCUGCUACCUUAUUGGUACAAGGUAUUGGUGCUAUAAAAAGUACAGUGGUUGGUCGAGUUGAUCUUCAGAUAAAACCUGUGGAUAGAGUGGAUCCUAUUUUUAAUUGUGAGGCGUUUUUGUUGCCAAAAAUUUGUGAGGACCUACCCGUUGUCAGUUUGGAUGUUGAGCAUUGGUCUUAUAUUGCUAAUUUAAAGUUGGCAGAUCCUCGGUUUCAUCUAUCUGGUAAGGUGGACUUAUUGCUUGGAGCUGAUAUCUUUUCUCAGUUAUUAUUAGAAGGUAAAGUUCAAACUCCUAGAGGUAUGCCUGAUGCUCUUAAUACCGUUUUUGGCUAUGUCCUUAUGGGUCCCUGUAGUUCGGUUGCUAUGACAUCUGCCACCUCGUUGUUUUGUCACGUGGAUCAAAUGGUUUCGUUGGAGGAGUCUGUAAAGCAGUUUUGGAGUUUAGAAACUGUUCCUGAAGUAGAAUGUUCAGCUCCUGAAGAUAUUCUUUGUGAGAAAAAUUUUGUUGAGAAUGUUUGUCGAGACGGCUCUAGUCGUUAUACCGUUGCUCUACCUUUCAGGGAAUUAUCUCCUGUUUUCCAGGAAUGUUUGAGUUAG